UACUCACACCUUUCCAUUACCCACAACCUAGACAGUGGGGGGCUAACCUCCAUCAACCCUUAUCCACCCACACCCAUCUUUUUCACCUCUUUUUUGUCUUGUGGUGCAUGAUUGAAAAGUCAAUGGAAGAAGGUAAGGUAAAUUAGGCAUGAUGGGUGGGUGUUUGGUUUUCGGGUGGUGGUGUGUAAUGUAUGUAUCAUGUAUGUAAUGUAUUCACGUCACUCACACACCCACCCACCUUCCAUCCAUCGCAUUCCCCCCUAUCGUCAUUAUCACCCACCACCCCAUUUCUUUAUAUUUAUUCCAUCCACCAUUUCUCUCCACCCUUAUCAUCCAAACACCACCUUUAUCUAUCAUCAUUCCAAUAUAUUCUUUUCAAGGUUCAAACUUUAUAGAUCCAAACACCACCCAUAUCAAUCAAGAUUUCAAGAUCUGAAAAUUUUCUGAUCAAGCUUGAAACUUUUUGUAUCAAAACGACCGACGUGACGUUUUCCAACAAAACCCAUGUCGACCGCCGUGAAGCCCGUCAGGAAAUUCCCACCGCCGUGCUGGACACGCGACGAAGCCUUAGUUUUAAUUGAAGCAUACCGUGAAAGAUGGUACGCGCUUCACCGCGCGUUUCUUAGAAACCCCGAUUGGGAUGCGGUGGCAGAGAAGGUAACAACCUCUUGCCCUGACGUCAUGCCGCCGAAAACAUCCGCACAGUGCCGUCACAAGAUGGAAAAGCUCCGGCAGCGCCACCGUACCGAGAAACAACGCGCGUCGUCGUUCCCUGGUGGUAGGUUUUUUUCUUCUUGGUUUUAUUAUGAAGCUAUGGAAGCUAUGGAAAAUGGACCCAAUUAUGAACCCGGAAAUAAUAAUCAAGAAAUCAUUAAUAAUACCCAUGUUUCGGAUUUGAAUCCGGGUCGUGGAAUCCGGUUCAAACCAUCUCCAAAUGUUCAAAAUCAGUUGACUUUAGCUGCUAGUCCUAAUUUUGAUCAUAAGGUUUCAAAUCAUACUAAUAAUAGUAAUAGUAAUUCUUUGUAUAUGAAAAAUUGGGGGACUUCUAAUACUAAUUCCAAUCAAGAAGAAAAUGAGGAAACUGAAGAUGGGUAUUUUGUUGACCCAACAAUUAGUAACAAAAGUUUCAAGAAUCCGAAUUACCCGAGUGGGGUUCGGAUAACACCGGUGAUUUUGGAGCCUGUAGCAAGGAAGUUUAGUAAAGUUGUUAAUCAUGAUCAUGAAGUUGAUGAGGAUGGUCAAAUGUGGGUCAAAGUGCCAAGAAAUCAUAAUGGCAACAAUCAAAAUGAGAAUAGUUGGAACCCGAAUCAGGGGAAUGAAAGGAAGAAGAGAGGGAAUGGUGGUAGUGAUGGGAUACAUGAAGUGGUUUCGUCGAUUAAGUUAUUGGGAGAUGGGUUUAUGAAGAUGGAAAAGAUGAAGAUAGAUAUGGCUAGGGAGAUUGAGCGAAUGAGAAUUGAAACAGAGAUGAAACGAAACCAGUUGAUCCUGGAUUCGCAGAAACAGAUUAUCGAUGCGUUUGUCAAGGGUUUGAUCGAGAACAGGAAGCAAACGAAGUUGGAGACAGUGGCGGAUUCGUAGCUCCAAAGAUAUGUGAUUAGUUAUUGUUUUACAAUAAUGUGUUUUUAGUGAAGAGAUUACUAGAGUUUUUACCUAAAGUUUGUUAGAUGUAAAAAUAUAUUACAGUGAAUCUUUUGUGUUUUGAUUCAAGGGUUCCAAAAGUUGAUUUUUUUUGCUUCA